GUGACAACCAUCAAUUUGUUUUGUGCUGUCAAAAAGCGUGUCAGAAAGUGUGUUUUGUAAAUAAAAUUUGCCAAAACGAUUGAAAAUACACACUUAAAACGUGAAAUGGGGUCGAAAAAGCACAAAAAACACAAAUCCGAACGUCGCGACAAAUAUGAAGAACGUCAAUUUAGUUUGGAACGUCCUCCCAGUUUGAAAUUGAUCUUGAAAGUGGCAGGUAGCAAUUCAACACCGGAACAUGUUGAACAGAACAGUGAUUAUGGGGCACCAACUGAGAGUAUGGACUACGGCGGCGAAUAUUUCGAAAAGCAUAAGAAGUCCAAAAAGAAAAAGAAGAAGAAGGACCGUGAAAAGCGGCAUAAACAUCAUAAAGAGAAACGGCGCCGCGAUGAUUCCAGUCAGGAGAGCAUUGGCGAAGAUACGUUACAAGAAGUAAUGAUGCGAUACACUGGCAUUACAACUUGUCACAGUUUAGCCAAUUCCCCUGUGACAAAGCCAAUAAUUCCGUUGAAGAAAAAGUCACCCACUCCUGAACCGGAUCCAGAUAUUUUCCGCAUCAUGCCACCGGAGAUUUUGAUUCCAGAGAAAAGUCCCAAUGUACACAGUCAAAAGUCGAUGGACUCACAUUCCCUGAAAUCUCCAGCUUCCGACUCCAGUGGUAGAGAGCCGAGAUCUUGUGUCCUGAAAUUGAAACAAAGCAAAUCUCCGCUGUCGAAGCUGCUGGAUCAUUUGUUGAGAUCAUUGGAGAAGAAAGAUCCACACCAGUUUUUCGCUUGGCCAGUUACGGAUGAAAUCGCUCCUGGUUACUCCUCAAUCAUUUCUGAUCCGAUGGAUUUCCUGUCAAUACGUCAGAAAGUUGACGACAAUGAAUACACCACUUUACAAGAGUUUAUCGACGAUUUCCGGUUGAUGUGCGAUAAUGCCAUCAAAUACAAUCACGUGGAUACGGUCUACCACAAGGCUGCGAAAAAACUUCUUCAUGUUGGCCUGAAAAUGCUGCAACCAGAUCAAUUGAUGCGCAGUCUACGACCUUUAAUUAUGUACAUGAAGGAAUUGACACCGAAGGAAUUGGGAUUCGAUUUGGCACAGACGGAUUUCGUUGGGGAUUCUGCUGAUGAAGGUAUGUCAACAGGAGCCGAAGAAGUGAAUGCUGCUCAACUGGAAGAAGAGGAAAAGAAACGAAAUAUUCGGGAAGCGAAUCACCCACAAAGUCGCUUCGAACCUUUCGUUGACGAUUUGACCGCAGAAGAAGUGCUAGUCCAAGUGCAGAGUGCUGCUCGGCAGGCUCGCGAUCGAGUGACAACGCCAAAUGCAUCGAAAAUGGGAUUCCUACGUCAAAACAAAGACGGAACUACGUCCAUGAAGAUACUUGUUGCGACGGACAAUGAUUUGCCUGAACGCAUCAUUUCACUCGGUGCUUACACCGGCAAAUUGCAGCAAGGAACUGGGCAAUUGCAGGGCUUUCGUGAGGACCGUCGGAACACAGCGAAAACUGUUAAACCGAUCGAUUACGGAAAUUUCAGUUCGUUUGCGCCCACUUUUGACUCACGGUUCGCGAAUCUGUGCAAAGAAGAAUCAGAAUUGGUUUUAAAUACUUAUGGUGACGAGACAGGCAUUGAAUAUGCUGGCAGCAUAAUGGACUUCAGUCGAGAUAGUAGUUAUGCAAGCUCUUUAGCUAACGGCCUACUGGACAUACUGACCUGUGGUGAGCAUCGAAAGACGCUCGGUACAUUAAACGAAAAUCAACGUCAGCGAUACGAACAGAAUGAAAUUGAGCAAACGUUUCCGCACAUACCGGACGAUGACAUCAAAAAAUACGAAAAUGUGCCAAUUGACUUCAAUAAUUUACGAUCGCUCUCCGAAUUGGGUGUGGACGUUUCAUUUUUGAAUAGCCUUGAACAGAAUCUCAAAACGGUUGAAUUGCAUAAGAAACUGCAAGAGCAAUUGUUGACCAAUUCGACUUUGAUUGAACGUUUGCAGCAGGUUCAGACCGAACGCUUGUCGCAACCAUUGCCACAACAUCUGGCCCAUGUUGCCCGACCGAAUGUUGAUGAAAUUCAGCUGGCCGCUGAAAUUACAGCAAAUUUAACAGAAAUGGCAAAGCAAUUACCACCAGAAAGCAUUGUUGCAAAGCAAAGUUUACGCAAAGCAAUGGGGAUGAGUGAUAUCGGUCUUGAACCACCAAGAAUGAAUGUACCGUCCAUGAUCAUAUCAAGCCAAAUUGACAUGAUGCAUAAAGACAUUGAUCACACUUCGGUUCCUAUGGACCUAGAGCCGGAAGUGGAUGUGCGGUCAGUACCCGUUUCUUCAACGGAUUUAGAGAAAGAGCUACGUGAAUUACUGGAGCAAGAGUCCACAUUACCACCCAAUGACGAUGGCAUUGAGCAAAUGCUACUGGCGUAAGUGCGACGUCAAUAAUUUGUUUUUCUUCAUCUGCAGACGUACUACAAUAUUUUGUGUUGCUACCAACAAUAAAUUUUAUUUUUUAAUUGAAUUAUAAACGGGUACCAACCAUACACUGAAUACAAAAACAAAUACAUUUUGGU